AUGGCUCCUGGACUUGCUCAUGAUAGGGAUCAUCCCCCGACAAAUGGCGCCACAAGCUCCAAGCCCACCGUCUACGUCCUCGAUCAGUUCAACCCCAAGGCUAUUGAACACGCCAAGACAAUUUUCAAUGUCAUCCUUCCUGAAGAUGAGGGCUUCUCAGGGUGGCGGCAGAAGGCAUCCGCUCUCCUCAUCCGAGGCUCAUAUUUGACUGCGGAGGACAUCGCCAGCUGCCCAAACCUCGUAGCCAUUGGCAAGCAUGGAGUUGGCAUUGACAAGAUCGACCAAUCUGCUUGUGCAAAGCGCGGUAUCAAGAUCUGUAACACACCUGGUGCCAACGCACGCGAUGUUGCCGAGCUAGUCCUUGCGCUAAGCAUGACCGUUGCUCGCGGUAUUCGCUCCAUCACUACUCGCCAAAUGACCAAGCCCGUUCCAAAGGAAACAUGCAAUGGCCUCACGCUCCACAAAAAGACUCUUGGUAUCAUUGGCAUGGGAAACAUUGGCCGUACCGUGGCGGAAAUCUUCCGUGGGGCUUUUGAUGCCGAAGUCGUCGCCUUUGAUGUCUUCAUGCCCGACAAUGCUUGGCCACACAUCCCACACGAUCGCGUAUCAGACGUCCAAGAAGUCAUCCGAAGGGCGGAUGUUCUUUCCAUUCACGUUCCAUUGACCGACGAAACGAGGGACAUGAUCUCCUACAAGGAAAUUCGAAUGAUGAAGCCCGAUGCUAUUCUCAUCAACGCCGCUCGAGGUGGAAUUGUGAAUGAAGCAGAUCUCACCAAGGCGCUUGCCGAGGGUCACCUUUGGGGCGCUGGUCUAGACUGCCACGAGCAGGAGCCCCCUACCUUUGAGAAGUACGGUGCACUAUGGGAAAACUUGAAUGUCGUCAGCACACCACAUAUUGGCGCAGCUACUACCCGGGCACAGACUGCGAGUGCGAUGGCGGCAGUGAACAAUUUGUAUGAUUAUUUGACGAUCAUUCGAACUUAG